AUGGGGGACGAUCCGGGAAGGCUGUAUCGACUGGAUGGAGUUGCUCAUAUCGCCGGGGUGAUCAACGACGAGCCCCGGUGUUGCAUAUCGAGCAUGCGGCGGCAGCAGGGGAUGCGACUAGAUGAGAGGUACGUUCCGUACUUGCAGAUGGCCGGAUUAUACCAUCUUGCGAGACUGAACGACAGAUGGUUCAGAUUGGACGAGCCCCUUAUGAGUGCCUUCGUGGAGCGGUGGCGUCCGAAGACGCACACAUUCAACAUGCCGUUCGGAGAGUGCACCAUCACACUUCAGGACGUCGCGUAUCAGUUGGGGUUGCCAGUAGAUGGACGUUACGUCAGUGGUUGCCUGACAGACUUCCACGUAUACAUAGAGGGUGGCAGGCCAGCUUGGCAGUGGUUCCAUGAGUUGCUCGGUGUGUUACCUCCCACGAACCAGAUACAGAAGUUCGCAGUGAACUGUACCUGGUUCCAGGAGACCUUUGGAGAGUGCCCCGAGGGGGCAGAUGAGGAGACGCUGUUUGCCGACAAGUCCGGCAAUCGUAUUCACAUCAAAUGGUUACCGUUUGUGGCUCGGCUUGAGGAGAUGGGUGGCUAUAGCUGGGGGUCGGCGGCACUAGCAUGGUUGUAUCGGUGCAUGUGCCGAGUGGCCAACAGACAUGUCGUGAAGUUAGCUGGGCCGUUACAGUUACUUCAGUCUUUGAUCUUUUGGCGGUUUCCUGGUUUUAGGCCUGCUGGGUAUGAUGCGUUUAGCUGGCCCCUUGCCUCGAGCGAGAAGGGACCUCGGGUGCAGAUGGCUCGACUGAGGAUCGACUUGUUACAGGCUCGGGAUUUCAUAUGGAUGCCCUACAGCACACCCAACGUCCUCCAGGUUGUCCAUCCGGAGGUCUUAGAGCCUCGGCAUACGAUGUUAUGGCGGUGUGUGACGUCCCUGAUAUAUUUUGCGGUGGUUGAGUGGCAUCAGGUUGAUAGAGUGUUACCGCAGUUCGAUCACGUGUUACGGUUCGAUGUUGUUGCUGACCCGGGACCCUCACAUGAGUUCUUGGCCUGGUGGCAUCAGCAUAGAAAGAGGUUCUUGUCACCUGAGAUGUACUUGGGGGAUCCGAGAGGUAUUCCUAUUCCGGUUGAGGCGACGCAGAGGGGUGCCGGCCGAGUUCCAGAUAUGGACCGAGUUGACGACGUUCCUGACAGGCAUCGGGUUGAGAGGAGAGCUCGAGUCGGGACACGUCGUAGCCAGCGUAAAUGA